AUGGGGAGCCACAACAGUCUGAAACAGCAGCGGAAAAGCCGAGCCAAAAAGAUAAAGGGGAUUAGGCAGGCAUUACUUCCAGUGACCUAUAUACUGCCCUCGGCAGCCCUGAAGCAGACAGCAGCUGCUCGGCUGCGGGGGGCACCGGACCGCCGCUCCACCCCACCCCGCCCCGCCGGAGAGGUCAAGCGGCACUGCCUAACCCCAGGCGGGAAUGACCGUGUCCGCCACGGAGGCCCCGCCGCCAGGUCCGAGGCCCGUCCCCAACCAUGGCCACCCCCUCAUGGCUCCCGCCCCAGGGGGCCCGGCCCCUACCUGUCGCGGGCGGUGCCGGAAAGUUUCCCCGGGGAGGGGCGAGGCGGCUCCGCUCCCUCGCUGCCGAAGCCACCGGCUCCGGGAGGGAGGGAGGCGACUGCCAAGAUGAUACAGUGGCAUAUGGAUGGUGUUCCCUCCCAGCGGAAAAUGCCAGUGCUCCCUAUGGCACGUCUGAAGUCCUCCAUCCCUGGUGAGCAGUACGCUGGUCUUUGGGGCCUGUCUGCUUUUCGGAAGAGGAGCUUGGGAACUGUCAGCCAGCACACAGAUGAAAGAUGCCCUUUGUGUGAAACAUCUCAUCGUAAGCAGAUCAUUAAGGAGUCAACAUUGCCUCCAUGGGGAUGCCUGCUAAGGUUGAGCCUGCCACCUCACACUGCAAUGAUGUUUCUCAGAGCUGGUUUCCUGAUCAUCAUUACAUGGUCCUUGGGGUUGCUAAGAUAACCAGACUUCAGAGAUAUCCUUUACUGUAUCUUCUGUUACCUCUAUAUUUUCCCUGUAUUAAUAAACCAGUUAUGAUUCUU